GCAACACAGGCUAUAUGUUCUGAAUUGAUUUGCUUCUUACACUUGUGGCAACUUUCUUUCUUUGCGUUUCACGCAUACUGUACUCUUUGUCAUCACGUGACUGCCUCGUUUUCUUCUACAAUUGAGAAUCAUUUGAUUUUUGCCCUUGCUUCAAGUCUUAAGCAUGAAGUUGUCAAUCGCCUUUAGCUCAUUAGUAACUAGAGGUUGAGAUAAAAGGGAAACAAAUAUUGUAGAAUUAAAUUUACAAUUAGUUACAAUGGUGGCAAUUUCAUCUUAUUUACUGGGAACCGUGACAUUAGCUGGUGCGUUCAUGGGUUAUGUGAAGAAAGGUUCAGUUCCAUCUCUUUUGGCUGGUGGUCUUGUGUCUGUAAUUUACUUUGUUGGAGGUGCCUUGGCAUCCAAGGGGAGAAGAUCUGGUUUAAUCAUCUCUUUAGCAGCGUCUGUAAUUUUGCUAAUUGCAGGUUUUGCAAGAGCCAUUCUUACCAAGUUUGAAAAGACAGUUCCAUUGGUUCUCACCGGUAUUGGGCUAUUGUCUACCGCAUACUAUGGUUACCUCCUUGUGUAGCACUUUCAGACUAUAAGCAAGAAUUAUAUAGUAUUACGUUUUAUUUUUCCAGUAAACUCAUAAUUAAUGAUAUUUUUUAUUAUAAGGUAUUAUUUAUAUAUAUAGGUUCGUGGAUGGAGUGGU